CCAUGUCGGACGCCGAGAAAAAACUGCGAGAAGUUUUGAAUUCCAUCGUUAAGAAUAAAUUUCAAAUGCAUCUAAAGUAAAUAUUAAUCCUAUAAGUUCUGGUGGGGCUAACUACAGUCCAACUUUAUAUGAAGUUUCUAUCAUUACUCCCGAUGGUGUACAAGAACUAUUUGCGAAAGUGCUUUCAAUGGGCGACGUUUUCAACGACACAAGUCAGCGGGCCUUUAAUACAGAAGUAUUCGUCUUAACAAAAGUUGCAAAUGCAUACGAAAAACUACAAGACAAACAUGGGAUAAUAGAAAGAUAUACAUUUCCGAAAAUUAUCAAACACGAAUGCGAUAAUAUCCCAACAGUUGUCUUGGAGAAUCUAGCUCCUAAAGGAUAUGAAUGUUAUGACAGAUUCAAAAGUGUUGACUGGAAUUAUGCGUCAAAAUGUGUAGAAACUUUGGCCAGAUUCCAUGCUCUGUCUUUUGCUUUAAAGAAGGAGUGCCUGGACGAGUUCCAACUAGCUGGUGACUUUCUGGAUAGUAAGUGGAUAGAAACUAAUUUUAGAAGUGCGGUUUGGGAAGGUGCUAAUGAUGGUGCCCUAGCAGCUGUAAAUAAAGAAGAUAAAGAGAAAGUAUCGAAAGUUCUAGAAGGAGCCGUCGGCAUUAGUAAACUCUGGGAACUCAGCGAACCCCUUAAAACUUCAGUGCUUAUUCACGCAGACUAUCGCCCGAGUAAUAUAAUGCAUAAAGAAGUGAACGGUGAAUAUCAUGUGAUUCCCGUAGACUAUCAAAUAACCAGGCUCGGGUGCCCAGUAGGCGAUCUUCUCUAUUUUGUCGUGUUAAGUUCCGACCAGAAGUUCCGACGGCAACACUACCACCAACUGGUGGAGCACUAUUACGAGCAUCUGGCUUUGAUGAUGACGAAAUAUGGUUUGAACUCUGAAGAGGAGUAUGGGAGGGAAGACUUUGAGAGUGACAUGAGAGCGAAACUGCCAAGCGCCCUCGGCGCGGCAGCGGUGCUGCUGCCGUUCAUCACAGUGGAAGCAGACAGCGCUCCGAGCUUCGAACGCAACGAGUUCGUGCCGCGCACCAACGAACUGUUCGGCGAACGGUUCCGCGAACUGGUGGAAGAUUUUAAGGUGUGGGGGGUUAUAUAGAAUACCCCUACUUAACCUCAAUAUCUAUCAGCAGCGAAACAUGUUGGAAAGGCAUACUUGAAAUCUUGAAUAGUUAUCAAAUAUGUAAUUUACGUGGUGAAUGUAGGGAGUUCAUGGCGCGCAUGGACGAACUGUUCGGAGAACGGUUCCGCGAACUGGUGGACGUAUUUAAGCAGAGGGGAUUAAACAAAAUACUUCUACAAUCAUUGUCAAUCAGCAGCGAAACAUAAGGUAUAAGUUAAAACGAAUGUUUGGCUUGUUAUUGAUUUUGUUAGUAAAAUAUUAAUUUCAUAUUUAAGACAAAGUAUCUUCCAUAUCCACAUCCACAUCUCCGAAUGAUUUUGUGAACUGAUGGACGCCUUUAAACUGUGGAGAGUUACAUAGCAUAAUUAUCUACUUAUACAUUAAAAUAAUACAUU